AUGCGUGUUCGACUUUUAACAGAUAAUUUCUGGUCGAUAGGUUUAUUUUGUUCAUUUGUGACCGGUUUUAUUAUUAUUGUUUCUUGUUUAACAAAACGUCGUCGCCGAUACUUUCAUCUUCACCGUCUCGUUGACGACGUUCAUCAUUUAUGGCCAUUUGAUGAUUAUCUUAUCCAACCGACUCUAUGUAAUGUGUGCUCAUCGACAUUAUUAGCUGGUUUUCAUUGUUCAUCGUGUGGCAUCUAUUUGCAUGAACGUUGUGUACGUCCUGCUCGACGACUAUAUCAUUGCAAACAUAUGACAAGUAGCAAGCAAGAACAACAUCAACAUCAAUGGACUCGUGGUAAUUUACCAUUAGAGUCCGAAUGCGUCAUCUGUCAUCGGCCAUGUGGAGCUGAACCACGGCUAUGCGAUUAUCGAUGCGUAUGGUGUCAACGGAUUGUGCAUGAGUCAUGUAUGAGAGCACUAUCGACUGACUGUGAUCUCGGACAAUUUCGUCAAUUGAUUAUUCCGCCGAAUGCGGUGGUUUCUCGAACAGGAAAUAAACAAAUUGUUGGCUAUGCUCAUUCAGUUGUCGAGCGUAUUUUACCGUGCGGAAUUGAAGAUUGGAGACCAUUAUUAGUCAUUGGAAAUCGUAAAUCGGGUGGAGCUAAUACUGAUCUAGUCUUAAAUUCGUUUCGAACUUAUCUAAAUUCGGUCCAGGUUAUUGAUAUCUCAACCAUUGCACCUACUUCAAUUCUUGAAUGGUGUAACUCUCUUCCAGAUGUUGGCUUCUAUAUUCUCGUCUGUGGUGGUGAUGGAACAGUGAAUUGGAUCCUCGAAAGUAUUGAAAAUACAACAUCAGGCUUAAAGCCAGCCGUCGGUAUUCUUCCAAUGGGUACAGGCAAUGAUUUAGCUCGUAUUUUACAAUGGGGCCACGGUGAAGACUCAGCCGUGGAUGUUGGUCUCUUCCUGAAAAGAUUAAAUACUGCGAGAGUCGUUGCUCUCGAUCGAUGGUCCGUAGACAUAUGUGCCACUGCACGACAUUUUGGUGUGGCAACAGCAAGUGCACGCAAUAUGCGUAUGUCGAAUUAUUUCUCCGUCGGCUGCGAUGCACUUGUCACUCUGAAUUUCCAUCGUCGUCGUGAUAAAAUUCCGGAAUUUUUCGCCAGUCGCUUCGUGAACAAACUACAUUAUUUUCAUUAUGGCACGGUAGAUACAUUCUUAAAAGAAUGUAAAGACUUACAAAACAAUGUGAUCCUUGAAAUGGAUGGACGAAUAAUUAAUAAUCUUCCAGCAUUAGAAGGUAUUUGUAUAUUGAAUAUCCCAUCAUGGGGAGCUGGUGUUCGUGUUUGGGGUUCGGGAGAUAAUAUUCCAGUGCAACAAAUUGAUGAUGGUAUGGUCGAAGUUUUUGGUAUUUACAGUUCAUUUCAUAUUGCGCAGAUGCAAGUUGGUCUUGCCGACCCAUUUCGUAUUGGACAAGCCCGUCGGGUUAAACUAACAAUCAAACGUCGUUUUCCGUGUCAAUGCGACGGCGAACCAUUUGAAGAAGGGCCCUGUAUUGUCGACAUUCAACAUUUUUCUCAAGCAAAAAUGUUAAUGAAUGUUUCGAGCACUUAA